CGGGGCUCUGAUUGGUUCAGCGCUAUGAAUGAGGAGGGUCCCGACGACAGUCGCCGUGUUGAAAUUUCUGUGCUAACCAACUUUAGCCAGCGUGCUAACAUGUAAUUGAGCGAAUUUGAAGAGCUUUAUGUGCUGCGCAGCCCUGGCUUUAAGCGCGUCAAUGAUAACUUGUAAACAGGCCGCCGUGUAAACAUUCGCCUCCAUGUUUGCUGUUGCGUGUGCAUCAGCUCCUGCUACCGGAACAUGGCCAGUUAGCCUUAACGCAGCAAUCGUUGAAUAAACGAAGCUGGCGAGCUAGCUGGAGAAAACAAAACCGUCCGGACCGGGGUCGCGGGGGGCGGCUUGUGAACAGGUUCGUCGCUCAGAGGAGGCGAAAAGCCGGAUGCUGUUACUACCAUGAGUCCCGCGGGCUGCCCCCAUGUGAACAGCUUCAAAGUGGACAACUGGAAGCAGAACCUGAGGCUUAUUUAUCAGUGCUUCGUGUGGAGCGGUUCAGCCGAGACCAGAAAACGCAAGGCCAAAUCAUGCAUCUGUCACAUGUGUGGAGCCCACCUCAACAGACUCCACUCCUGCCUCUACUGCGUCUUCUUCGCCUGCUUCUCCAAAAAACACAUCCACGAACAUGCCAAGAGCAAAAGGCAUAACCUCGCUAUCGACCUGCUGUAUGGGGGAAUUUACUGCUUUAUGUGCCAAGACUACAUUUAUGACAAAGAGAUGGAGCAGAUUGCCAAAGAGGAGCAGAGGAAAGCCUGGAAGAUGCAAGGCAUUGGAGAAAAGUACUCGACGUGGGAGCCCACCAAGAGGGAACUGGAGCUGCUUCGCCACAAUCCUAAGAGGAGGAGAAUCACCUCCAACUGUACAAUUGGCCUCCGCGGUCUGAUAAACCUGGGCAACACCUGCUUCAUGAACUGCAUCGUCCAAGCGCUGACUCACACUCCACUGCUGCGUGACUUCUUCCUGUCCGACCGACACAAAUGCGAGAUGCAGAGCAACUCAUGUCUCGUGUGUGAGAUGUCACAACUCUUCCAGGAGUUCUACUCAGGCCACCGCUCCCCUCACAUCCCGUUCCGUCUCCUGCACCUGGUGUGGACCCACGCCCGACACCUAGCCGGCUACGAGCAGCAGGACGCCCACGAGUUCCUCAUCGCAGCGCUGGACGUGCUGCACCGACACUGCAAAGACGACAACGGGAAGAAAGCCAACAACCCAAACCACUGUAACUGCAUCAUUGACCAAAUCUUCACAGGGGGUCUGCAGUCUGACGUCACCUGCCAAGUGUGCCAUGGUGUUUCAACGACCAUAGAUCCUUUCUGGGACAUCAGCCUGGACCUACCUGGAUCCUCCACGCCUUUCUGGCCCCUCAGCCCCGGAGGAGAUGUAUCAGCACUUAAUGGCGACAGUCACACCACUGGAGCCACAACCCUCAUGGACUGUCUGCGCAGGUUCACCAGACCGGAGCACCUUGGCAGCAGUGCCAAGAUCAAAUGCAGCAGUUGCCAUAGUUACCAGGAGUCCACCAAGCAGCUAACCAUGAAGAAACUGCCCAUUGUGGCCUGCUUUCACCUUAAAAGAUUUGAGCAUUCAGCCAAACUACGGAGCAAGAUCUCUACUUAUGUCUCAUUCCCACUAGAGCUGGACAUGACCCCCUUCAUGGCCUCCAGUAAGGAGAGCAGGAUGAACGGGCAGUACCAGCAGACUGUGGAUGCAUUCAACAAUGACAAUAAGUACAGUUUGUUUGCCGUGGUGAACCACCAGGGGACACUAGAGAGUGGCCAUUACACAACCUUCAUCCGGCAGCACAAAGACCAGUGGUUUAAGUGUGACGAUGCCAUCAUCACCAAGGCUACCAUCAAAGAUGUAUUAGAUAGUGAAGGGUACCUCUUGUUCUAUCACAAACAGUUCCUGGAGUACGAAUAGUUUGCAGCCUCCGGGAGGAACCGAAUCAGAAAGGAGGGAUUAGUUACAUGGAGAAAGGUGAAGAGUGUGUAAGGAGGCAAGGAAACGGCGAUCACAAGUCUCACUAUAAACAUGGAACCUCCCUUACUACACGAAGGAACCAGAUCCGCUGUCUGCUGUGCAGGAUAAAAUGGAAUAAAAUAAAAUGACUCGUGCAAAAUGCUAGAAAUUCAGACAUUUGUGUACUUGCUGAAUUUAUCACUUGAAUUCAGGACAUGAAGAGGGAAAAGAAGCUGUGAAAGCCUGCUCUUGCUUUCAGAUAAUGGACAGUUAGUUCCUACAUUUGUCUGUUGGUGUAAAACUUCAGGAAGUUUUAUUUAAUCCCAGAUACUUUUUUUUUUAACCCACGUCCGUCUUCAUGCUUGCACAUCUGCAUUUAUUCACAUCCAGGGGUUCAAAGAAGCAGAGCUCCCUGCUUGCUGCACCUGCACAGAUUUGACCGGGCAACCUUCUGGACACAAGCACAUAUUUGUCAAACACACAAACACUCCUCUACAAGACCAAAUAUUUUCACAAUGGAAGUUGUCUUAUGCAGUUUUAGUUCAGAGUGGAACUGUUGGGAAUAAUGGAAGACCAUCACCUGACAGUAUUCUAAAGUUAUUCCAAUUAUUAUUUGUCAGACUGUUGUAGCAAAGUGGUACUAUUAUUUAAAAGGAAAAAAAAAAAAAAAAGCAUCUGCCUCUUAUCCAUCUUCCACAGUCAAAGAGGGGAAAUGAAUGACCCAGUGGAUAUAUUUUUAUACAUCUUGCAUUCAAAUUGUGUAAUAGUGUUGCAUUCUCUUAAACAAAACAAACCCGCAUUAUUCAUCUGUUAAAACGUACGUCGAUCAUGUUUUUGUACACAAAAGACAAAAAGAUGCUAAUGAUUUUUGUGAAGCUGCUGCUAUUGCUGUUUUUGCUUUCUUUAUCUUGUAUAGUGCUGAAGACAUUUUUUGGCAACCCCUGGUUGAUUUGUGUAGAAACUGUCGAACUAAAUUCAUCUUUUACUGCAUUGUCGUAAUCUCUCCCUGCAUUAUUGAGAAAAGCCUCAAAUUUUGGUGUAAGUUGAGUUGAGAAAGCACCUGGUUUUGAUACUUUGUUCCUGCCAGUAACCUGGUCUUGUCCCAUUACAUUUCCCAAAGUUAGAGAAUACAGAGAGAGGGAUCUUUGGAUAAUCUUACCCCCUUCUUUUGAGCAUGCCCACUUCUUUUCUGUAGGGUUUAAGUCUGGGGACUGAGCUGGGUAGGCAAGGUUGAUUCGGACAAGCUGUGGAACAUCAUCUUGACAUAUGGUUUGUUCAUAAACCCAUAGACAAGCCCCUCUCUAAACUGACCCUGGCUGUUCCCAAAUUACUGAUGAAGCUGAUUAUAUCUUGCAUACGUGAAAUUUCAAAAAUCAAGCCAGUAUGGCAGCAGGGACGAUACAGUGCACUACAAGUUAGUAAAAACACAUCUUCGGUUUUGUUUUAUUUUCAGUGUUACGAGGAAAAACUACCCCUGGUGGAAGUCCAGUGAAUUAUUUUACUGUAAUUUUUUCCCCUUAUCUUGGCACACUUCAGCAUGAGCCAUCCAAUGUAUGUAAUGGCAAGGAAUGAUUUGUUGAAGUAGGUUUGACAGCACCUGGUUGGCAUUUGAUGAUGUCAUACAGACCACUCAAAGCGCUUUACACUAGAGCCACAUUCACCAACGCUCAUACAUUCAUACACAGAUCUGUAGGCAACUUGAGGUUAAGUGCCUUGCCCAGGGGCACAUCGACGUAUGGCAGGAGGAAGCUGGAAUCGAACCCACAACCUUCUGAUUGCUAGACGACCACUCUUCCUACUGAGCCACAGUCCUCAUACAGCAUAUGGGUCAGAAUAGAAGGAAAUUGACCUCUGUUACAUAUUUACACCCCAAGAAAAGAAGUCAGGGAUCAAUUACUAAUAGAGUUAAUAGAUUAAAAAUGCCUGCCACUAAUGAUGUACAAAAAAAAAAUGAAAUAGAUUUUUUUCGUCACUACAUAAAUGUACUCAAAAGUUUCUGAGAUUAUUCUACUGCAGUAAAAGAUGAAUUUAUUAUAAGGCUUUUAACACAUCAUUACAAGGAAUGUCAAUUUAUUUUCCUGUAAAUGGCUUUCUUUUCAGAGACACUUUGUUUCUCCCACAUUGACGGCAUGUUGCUGUUUCAGGUAAACGGCCUAAAAGAAAUGAACCGAAUUUUAAAAAAGGAAGGUAGAGUUUUGUAAAGCUCAGGCCCGCAGUGUUAACUGUCAACCGCAUGUUGCUCUGAUUGAUCUGUUUGUGUGCGCGUGGCUAAGAAAGGAAGAAAAUCAAAGUUUAGAGUAGAUGUUUGUAUAAAAUGUGUUACUAUGUGUAAAGAGACAGAAAUAGACAAAGUGUGAGAUCUCGUUUGAAUGCACGUGUGUCGUGCGUAUGCACUGUACGUUUGUGUACUGAAUCAGUACUUGCAUUCAGCAUGCUGUCUAAGCUGGUAUCACAGUUUGAUAUGUUUUUUUGGUUUUUUUUCUGUGCACAUGAUGUGUGUAAAAAUGUAUAUGUACAGUUUGUAUGUAUGAGACAAAAGGUGAAACCUUAAAGCUGAUGGAAGUCGCUCCUCUACGCCGCCGGAUCCAGCCGGAAGGUCGCUGAUCACGUGAACCUUGCCUUGAGCUCAUCAGCCAUUCCUCACACACAGUUGUUACUUCUGCAAGAACUGGACACAAUGAUGGAAACACACUCUAAUAAAGAAAAAUGUAUCUCAAAGAA